AUGACUAAUAAAAAUUUUUUAAUAUGGAUAUAUUUAAACAUAUUUUAUUUAUCUUUUUUACUUACAAAAACAAUAUCUACACCUAUUAAGAUAAAAUUAAAUAGAAGUUUCAUAACAGAAAAUAAUGAUAAUGGUAAGAAAAUUGUAAAAAGAGAUAUAUUACUAGAUCAAUGGGAUCCAUGGAAAGUUAGUGAAAUCCAAUAUUUUGUAAAGUCUCCGGUUAAAAAAGAUAAUGUUAAAAAAGCAAUUGAACAUAUUGAAAAUAAUACUUGUAUAAAAUUUAAAGAAGUAGAUAGUGAAUUUAGUGAUAAGCAAGGUUUAAUUUUUUUAGAAGAUAUUGUUUGUUCUUCCAAUGUUGGACUUAUUAAUCCAAACAAAUCGCAACCUAUAAAAUUAUCAAGUUAUUGUUACGAUAAAGUUGAAUUAAUUUUACAUGAAAUUGGACAUGCAUUAGGAUUAAUACAUGAACAAUCACGAAGUGAUAGAGAUGAAUAUAUUUCAGUUGAUCUUAACAAUGUAGAGGAUAAUGAAAAACACAAUUUUCAAAUAAUGAAUUAUUCUAGCUAUAGAAACUAUUCGACUCAAUAUGAUGUUAAGGCUCUGAUGCAUUAUAAACCAACUGAUUUUGCUAAAAAUACAAAAAAACCAGUAAUUACAUCAAGAUUACACAACGCAUAUCAAAAGAAUAUGGGUUAUAGUACAAAAAUGACAUUUAAUGAAAUUAAACAAUUAAAUUUAUGCCACUGUAAUAAAUGCAAUUGGGUUAAUAAAGAUGGUAGAAAAACAAAAACAAACGGUACAGAUAGGUGUAGAAAUGGUGGUUAUCCAAAUCAUAAUGAUUGUUCAAAAUGUAUCUGUCCAACAGGAUAUACAGGAACAUUUUGUAGGGAAAUAGAAAAAAGUGAUGAUGGAUGUCCUGAUUCUAUACAUAAAGCUCAAUCUAAUGUUAAAAAUUUAGUUAUGAUUGAUAAGAAAACAUGUUAUAUAUUUUUACAAGCAACUAAAGGAAAGAAAAUAAAAUUACAAAUAAUUUCUUAUACUUUAACAAUAAAAGCUUUUUGUACUGAAGAAAAUUCUAAUCAAAUAAAAUAUUUUCAAGAUAAAGGCAACACUGGAUUGCUUCUUUGUGGAAUUCAUCAUUACAUUGAACUCACAUCACAAAGUAAUUCUGUUCUUAUAGUAUACAGAGGACAAACGGAUAGAGAUGCGCUAGGUGUGGGAUUUAUUGAAACAGAUGGAAGUAAGGAAACGACAUAG